AAAGAAAAGAAAAGAAAAAAAACGCAUUCAUGAUCCAGAAAGACGAGAGGGACAAGACUGAGUUCACAAGUGAGAGCAGGACUGAAAGUUUGAUGACUGCAACAGAUCCCUCUUUCCCAAACAUGACACAGACUAAUCGGGGACUUUUCUGGAGCUGAUUUCUGUUGAUUGUAUUUUCUCUUCAAGAAAACCCCCAGACGUUCAACAAUGAGCGCUUCUGCGGGGACGGGGGUGUUCAUGCUCUCACUGAUGUCCAUCCCUUUCUGCUAUUUAUUCAAUUCCUUCAUUUACAACAACAGUGCAGAAGCUUUCUUCUUCGCUGGGUGCACAGCAGUCCUCAUUCUGACCAUUUCAGUUCGUUUUAUGCUCAAGAAGAAGGCUCCUGUUGAUCCUCUUUUCUAUGUGUAUGCAGUAUUGGCAUUCCUGAGCGUGGUGAAUCUGAUCAUUGGGCUGGAGCAAGACAACAUCAUUGAUGGCUUUGUGAAGUUUUACCUCAAAGAGGCAGAACCACACAUUAAUACAGCGCAUGGACAUAUGACUUCCUAUUGGGAUGGCUGUGUGCAUUAUCUUAUGUAUCUGCUUAUGAUUGCUGCCAUUACUUGGGGGGACUGUUACCGAGCGAUUGGACUGUACUGGGUGGGUUCUUUUCUCAUGGGCACCAUGGUCUACAUUCUUGGGAAUGCUGUGGGAAAAUAUGGGAGCCAAGUCACUCCUCUCUUCGUCCUCCACAUGCUUUAUAUCACAGUGUCUGGUUGGGCUUGCUUCCGGAUCUUAAGUCAACCCUCUACACACGAUGCUCAGUUAACGAGCAUUCAGGAAUCACAGCGGACAAACUUGCUCCACAGACCUCUGGAUUUGCUGUUUAUCGUCUACCUCAUUCCAGCUUUGGCCUUUUGUGUCUUCAGAGGCUUGGUUGUUCUGGACUGCCCCAGUAAAUGGUGUGAGGACUACACCCAGCAGUUUGAGCCAUACCUAAAAGAUCCCUCCGCCUACCCCAAAGUCCAGAUGCUAGUGAGCAUGCUGUAUUCUGGACCCUACUACAUCAUCACCCUGUAUGGGUUGUUGGUCCCAGGAUGUGAAUGGGUGCCCGAUCUGACUCUUGUGCACUCAGGUGCUCUGGCUCAGGCCCAGUUCUCUCACAUCGGUGCCUCCCUUCACACACGGACACCGUUCUCUUACAGAGUACCAGCUGACAGUCAGCUUGUCUUCUUGCUUGUUAAUGUCCUGUACGCUCUUGUGCCUCAUGCUUUGUGCUACCGUUGCUGCACGCAGCCAGUCUUCUUCCUCAAGCCAAAGGGAGAGAAAAAAACACAAUGACUCUGCACCUCUGAGACAGACGAGGCACACUACAGAGGGCAAAAAGCCUUAAAAAAGCCAGAAUAACUCGCAAAGCCCUGAUUUAUAUUUGCAUUUACCCACAGUUUCUGGUUUUGGAGCUGGGGUUCCUCCACCCUCUUCAAAGUGUGUGCUAAACAGGAAACUGAAUCAGUGCCAUGCCUGGUUGUUUAUGCUGUAAAUGUGAUGGAGUGUAUUUUGUGUAGUUAAAAAUAUGUUUGUGGUUUUUAAACUAUUUGUCCUAAUAUAUUCAGUGUCUUUGUCAACUAAAGUAUUUGCUUUAUGGGCUUAAGAUUUGAAUUGGCAAAGAAAUAACUUGUGUUUUUGUGUCUUUCCAUUUGAAUCCAAUUCUUAAAGCAAUAGAGGUUAAUUUAAGUCAGAACUACUUGCUGAUGCAUUCCUUUCAAAUACCACAAUAUCACCCCAAUAUGGAUAAAACAAAGAUUUAUGGACAACUUCAACUUUAUCUAUUGAUUUCAAUUAAAACUUGCUUGUUUACCGUUGUUUCAUAAAAUGGACAGGAACAUUUUUUAUUUUUUAUCUCUGAUGUCUUUUUGUUUGCAUAAAUUCUACAUGUCCAUCCAAAGUCAGUCACUAUAAUGAAUGUAUUCCCCAGAGCAAUCUUUUAAAUUAUUGGAUUGGUCAAAUAACUGUUGUGGGCAUGUGUUUGUAAAAUAAAUAUGAAAUAUGAUGAAUUGAAUAUA